AUGCUCUUCAUUCCUUCACUGCCAGUCUUGCAUCCCGUCCCCGUCCGCGCCGGCCGACGCCGCCUUUUCGUCCCCGCGUCAGCGUCGCGGCUCCACUGAGCGUGCGUGUCACCGGCGGGAGGCAAGGGCAGGCGGUGGUGGCGAUGGCGUCCGCUGACGCGCGCUUGGCGGGGAUCGCCUCCUCCAUCCGCGUCAUCCCCGACUUCCCCAAGCCAGGGAUCAUGUUCCAGGACAUCACGACGUUGCUGCUCGAUCCCAAGGCGUUCCGUGACACCAUCGACCUCUUUGUCGAGCGGUACAAGGACCAAGGGAUCACCGUGGUUGCUGGUGUUGAAGCUAGAGGGUUCAUUUUUGGUCCUCCUAUCGCUUUAGCCAUUGGCGCAAAAUUUGUGCCUUUGAGGAAGCCGAAGAAGUUGCCAGGCGAGGUGAUCUCCGAAGAGUAUUCUUUGGAAUAUGGAACUGACAAGAUAGAAAUGCAUGUCGGAGCUGUACAGGCCAACGACCGGGCUCUUGUAGUCGAUGAUCUUAUUGCUACCGGUGGAACACUAUGUGCAGCUGUCAAACUUAUUGAACGUGUUGGAGCAAAGGUUGUUGAGUGUGCUUGUGUCAUUGAAUUGCCAGAACUGAAGGGCCGAGACAAGCUUGGGGACAGGCCAGUUUUUGUCCUUGUGGAAGCAGACGCCUGAGCGGAACUUGGGACUUCUCAGAGAGUUUGGCGCCGUCGAUGCUCCCUCUCUGGAGACAACACAGUUUCCCAUGUUACCAUGUUGGCUAUUUUCUGGCUGACGCGUAAUAAAGUUUUAUUCCAAAUUGUGAUCCCCUGAAUGAUUUGUCAAUGUAGACAUGAUUGCUGAUCUUUGUAAACUGUGGCUUAUGUUUUGUCAAAAUGGUUCUAAUUAUUCACAUCAAUUAAGGAUAAAUCCUGAUUGGAGCU